AUGAAAGAGAAAAUAUCCGAGGUUAUACAGAAGGUACUUGCCCAGGAAAUGAUCAGAGAUGAAAGUGUGUACUUGAUUGGCGAGGAGGUUGCAGUGUACGGAGGGGCAUACCAGUGCACAGCUGGUCUUUUGGAGAAAUUUGGCUCAGCCCGGGUGAUUGACACACCAAUAUCUGAGAUAGGGUUUACAGGCCUGGCAGUGGGCUCUGCUUUCAUGGGGCUAAAGCCUGUGUGCGACUUUAUGUCUUUCAGCUUUGCCCUGCAGGCGAUGGACCACAUAAUCAACUCUGCAGCAAAGACUCUGUAUAUGUCGGGAGGCAGGAUUCAGUGCCCGAUUGUGUUUAGAGGCCCAAAUGGAUAUGCAGCUGGCGUGGGUGCACAGCACACGCAGGACUUCAGUGGAUUCUUUGCCUCUAUUCCAGGCCUUCGGGUGGUUAUGCCGCACUCGGCCCGGGACCACGCAGGUCUUCUAAGAAGUGCAAUCCGUGACCCAAAUCCUGUGAUUGUUCUGGAGAAUGAAAUGCUCUACUCCCAGGAAAAAGACUUUGAUGAGUCAAUACUUGAUGAGAACUUCCUUCUCCCUCUGGACAAGGCAAUUGUUGAGGUGGUGGGUGAUGCAGUUACCAUUGUAGGACUUGGCAUAACAGUUGGCAUCUGUCUGGAGGCAGCUGAGAAGAUUCUUAAGCAGCAGAAUAUCUUUGUGGAGGUAAUCAACUUAUUGGCUAUAAAUCCUUUGGACAUAUGCACAAUUGAGAAGUCUGUUUCAAAGACAAAGAGGCUGUUGAUUGUGGACUAUGCCUGGCCAGAGUGCGGAGUUGCCUCUGAGAUCUCUGCAUCUAUCUCCUCUCGUCUUUUUGGAGUCCUGGAGAGCCCUGUGUACACACUCUGCAGCAAGAAAGUGCCCACCCCAUAUGCAGAAGAGCUUGAGAAGCUGAUGUAUCCAAAUGCAGAGGACGUAGCAUCUUCUGUGCACAUGCUUCUAGCUAAGAUGGCAUAUCGAAAUAAAGAGUAA